UUCUCCCUCCCCCCCCCCCCUUUGCUGCUUAAUGUUUUUUCGUUUGCUACAGUGCUGUAUUUUGUAUAUGGGGGUCGGUGUAUGCAAAAGGAAAACCAAAAAGCAUAAGCUUUGAAUAGAGCUACACAACAAGUUUCUAUAGAGCCUGGUGGCCUUGACAGAGGCAAAGCCUUUGAAGAAGCAAAGGGCUUUUUCUUUUCCCUAUUCUUUCUUCUUCAGUAAAAGGAAUCAUUGAAGAUGCCUAGACCUGGUCCAAGACCUUAUGUCUGCGAGAGAAGAGCUUGGCACAGUGAUAAACACCAACCCAUGAGAGGUUCUCUCAUUCAAGAAAUUUUCAGAGUUGUAAAUGAGAUUCAUAGCUCAGCAACAAAGAAGAACAAGGAGUGGCAAGAGAAGCUCCCUGUUGUUGUCUUAAAAGCAGAAGAAAUUUUGUAUUCUAAAGCCAAUUCCGAGGCUGAGUACAUGGACAUUAAAACCCUCUGGGAUCGAACCAAUGAUGCCAUUAACACGAUCAUUAGACGUGAUGAGAGUACCGAAACUGGAGAGUUUCUUCAACCUUGUAUUGAAGCUGCUCUUAAUUUGGGCUGCACUGCAAGAAGAACUUUGAGGAGCCAACGAAAUUGCAGUCCGAGGUGUUACCUUAACCCGGGCGUUCAAGAAGCAGAGAACACUACUCAAGGAAAUCUCUUGACUAAUUCACACUGCAUGGCUAGUUAUUCCAGCUUCAUGAGACAUUCAACCAUGAAUGUGGCACAUAUAGGCACUGGAGUUCAGAAACAUGUUGCUCAGAACGGUGACCGAACCACUGACAAGUUUUCUUUUCCAUCUAAGAACGGUCCUCUUCCUAGUAAUGAGGAGAAGCGUGCUACAAGUAUGUUUUCGGUUUAUCCUCUUUUCUAUGGGAACCUCGUUAAAGUUGAAGAACUGCAGCAUAGCUAUGGAAUCUCCCCGAAGUCACUCUCUAACACAGUAGAUCCCGCUGAGACGGGUGUAAUUCUUAACAUCUUCUCUCCUGAUGUGGACUCUUCAAAUAAGAUGAACCACACUGGUGUUACAAAUACGUCUACCAAUCAACACGAAAUUUCCUGUGAUCUAUCGUUGCGGUUGGGCCCUCUUUCAUCACCUUGCCUGAGUGCUGGAAACAGUCGGCCCAAGGAAAUCGAAAAAAGUGGUUCCACCUUUCUGGAGUGGAACAAGUUCAAUCAUCUGACACCACCAAUUGAUAAAAGUUUAUCAUCCUUUCCAAGGAGCAACGGAGAUGCCCCCUUGAGCUCAUCCUCAAACGAAUGGAGCGUUGAAGGUGGACACAUGAAUGUAGAUGCAACAACAUUGAGCAAACGAAAGACAGUUUACGGUCCACCAGUCAAUCAGCAAUUUUGUUUGCCGCCAAAGCCUCCUUGCUGCGAUUUAACCGGAAGAAUGAAGCGUGUAGGAUCCUAGACUGUUCCUUAAGACCAUUGGCACUGUCUUGGUGAGUAUGUGCUACUGAAGCUCUUUCCCUUUUUUGCCUUCUUUUCGAGUUAAAGUUGUGAGUUAAAAUGUUGCAAGAAUCGUUUGAGCUGCUAUACUCGAACGAGUUCAGUUCGAUGAGGGAAUCGCCAACAAAACGACCGAAGAGACGCAUGAACCAUAUCGUACUGCUUGUAGAAAUAUAGGUGUAUCAUGUUCACUCUUAA